AUAAGGAAGCGAUUAAGUGAAAACUUUUAAUUCAUUUUUCACUUAUUUUUCUCAUUAUUUUCAAGUGUUCUGUUCUGUAGCUGAAAAAAAUAACAAAAAAUAAACGAGAAUCUGUAAACUUUUCAAAUUAAUCCUGAAUUAAACAAAAAAAAGAGAGAGCAAGCAGUGUAAAGACAGAUUUCUGUGAUGAUUAAUAUUCCAAAACUCAAAAGUGAAGUCAAAUUAAAAAUAAAUUUGUAUGUGAUGACAAAUUAGCUGUUGAGAAGCAACAGAAGUUGAGAGAAGCAAAAAACACGGGCACAAUUGUGAAAAUUAAUUUGAAGCGAUGGAGUGAAUCAUGUUGAAUUAUCAUCACCAUACCGUAUAGCUAUAGCAUUGUAUUCAGUCACACUUUAAGUCUCCUCACACUCCACAGCUAGUUUUCUGCUGUUGCUGAAUGCUAAGUUAAAUAAAAGAGAGGAAGAUAAAAAAAAAAUAGCAAAAGUGAAGACAUAUAGAUACAGAUAGGAAAAGUCGAGGCCCGAAAAAAAAGCUCAGAAAAGCGGAAGCAGAUGAGAAAGACAUUCGGAUACACAGAUAAUAAGUGAACAAGACGACAGAGAAAAAAAAUUUCUUCAUUCAUGACCAAUAACAAAAAAUAAUGUCACGUAAUGAUAAUGGAUAAACUCUGGAUAAUCUCAUUAAUUCUAUCAACUGCUCACAAAACCAAUGGACAAUCGAAUGUGGAAGUUCAACUAAUAACAAAAAAGUAUGUUGAGAAAGGGUCGAGUGUCACACUCUACUGUCGACAUAAUGUUGACUUGGAUAGUCUGUAUAAGGUAGCAUGGCUACGGAGUAGCGAACAUAAAUUUUUCGAAUAUAUACAUAAAAGAAAUCCGCCCUUUAGGAAUUUUUCAACGCCGGGAGCAGAUAUUGAUUUCUCGAGAUCAAAUCGAAGCCAAGUGACGUUGACAAAUUUGGAUUUUGAAGCGUCAGCUCCAUAUUUUUGUGAGGUGACAAUCGAUAAUCCAAUAUUUACAAAGGCAUCGAAGGAGGAGCACAUUCACGUAAUUGUGAAACAAAGUGGACCGCCAAAAAUUAUGUUUAAGAAGCGUCUUUUCGUCGUGGGUGAGAAUUUGAUUGCCAAUUGUACAACGACUCGUGCUAAGCCUCCUCCAACCAUCACGUGGCUAAUUAACGGGAAAAAGGUUGACGAAAUUUAUACGAAAAUUCUACAUCCGAAGGAGUACUCGUGGAAUUCAAAGCAUAAUCGAUCAAAAUCACAUCAUAAUAGCAUACAACAAUCAUCAUUACAUAAUAAAAAUGAUUUUAAUGAUAUACGAGCCCCGAUGUAUGGAAAAGUGACGAAUAUAGCUCAAGAACCUAGAGACUAUGAAUCACCAUUACCUAUUUUUAAUGAGACUGAAUAUCAAUAUCAAUAUCAUCCAUAUGCCAGAAAUGGCUUUAAUUUUCCACAUAAUCGACACACCCACGAUAGACCGUCAUCUAGUUAUCGUUUACAUCCAAAUUUUGGAAAUAUCAUUACACAUCCCAGCAGUGAUAUUGGCGGAAUUGCUAGCAUGGAAAGUGUUAAUAAUGAGAAUGAUAGAGGUCAAUUUGAUUACAACGAGGAUUAUAAUCGGGAAUCGAAUGUGAAUUUCUACGACAAUAAAUAUUAUGAUAACUUAAAAACUAUCCACAGCCGAAAUGCUUUGAAUACAUUCCAUAAAAUUCGGAGGCAUUUAAAUGAGCCGAAAACUUCCAAAACAUCCAAUAGCAUUAAAAUGGUAAUGAAUCGCCCGACAUAUUCGAGUAGUCAAUUGAGUAUUCAGGUCUCAGAGUUACAUGCUGACUCGAAUGGACGUCUUGAAAUUUCGUGCCUUAGCACGAUACCCGGAAAGAUAUCACCACCUGAUGAGAUGUUUGCAGACUAUAAGUCAUACAGCAUUAAAAUUGAUGUUAAAACCACCGAGCCAUCAACAACACAUUCAUCACCAUCAACCGUUGGAAUGGCAGCACUUGGCAGCAGCGGUGUUCCACAAUUUAAGAUAUGGUUCUACAUCUUGAAUCUUAUCAUAUGCAUCAUAACAACACAAUGUCUACCAUUUUCUACUUUCAAGUCUUUUCUAUUAUUGAUGUAAGCUUUAAAUUUAAUUAAAGUGAGAUGAAAC